AUGUCGGAUCAGACCUUUUAUGAGGGCACGAAUUCAGUGACCUUUAAUGAUGUCCAUGUGAAAUUCAGCCAAGAAGAGUGGGCCUUGCUGGAACCUUCCCAGAAGCAACUCUACAAAGUUGUGAUGCUAGAGACCUGUGAAAACCUCACUGCUAUAGGCUACAAUUGGGAUGACCAUAAUAUUGAAGAACAUUUUCAAAGUUCUACAAGUAAUAAAAGGCAUGCAAGCAGUCGUACUGGAGAGAAACCUUCUAAAUGCACUGUAUGUGGUAAAGUCUUCUCCUAUACCAGUGAUCUCAUAAGGCAUAAAAGAGCACACACUGGAGAGAAGCCUUUCAAAUGUAAUCAAUGUGGUAAAGUGUUUGCACAAAAGAGUCAUCUCAUAAGCCAUAGAAGAACACAUACUGGAGAGAAACCUUAUGAAUGUAACCAGUGUGGUAAAGCCUUUGCAGAAAACAGUACUCUCUUAAGCCAUAAAAGAACACACACUGGAGAGAAACCUUAUGAAUGUAACCAGUGUGGUAAAGCCUUUGCAGAAAACAGUACUCUCUUAAGCCAUAAAAGAACACACACUGGAGAGAAACCUUAUGAAUGUAACCAGUGUGGUAAAGCCUUUCCACAAAAAAGUCAUCUCAUAAGCCAUAAAAGAACACAUACUGGAGAGAAACCUUAUGAAUGUAACCAGUGUGGUAAAGCCUUUGCAGAAAACAGUACUCUCUUAAGACAUAAAAGAACACACACUGGAGAGAAACCUUAUGAAUGUAACCAGUGUGGUAAAGCCUUUGCAGAAAACAGUACUCUCUUAAGCCAUAAAAGAACACACACUGGAGAGAAACCUUAUGAAUGUAACCAGUGUGGUAAAGCCUUUGCAGAAAACAGUACUCUCUUAAGCCAUAAAAGAACACACACUGGAGAGAAACCUUAUGAAUGUAACCAGUGUGGUAAAGCCUUUGCAAAAAACAGUACUCUCUUAAACCAUAAAAGAACACACACUGGAGAGAAACCUUUUGAAUGUAACCAGUGUGGUAAAGCCUUUGCACAAAACAGACAUCUCUUAAUCCAUAAAAGAACACACACUGGAGAGAAACCUUAUGAAUGUAACCAGUGCAGUAAAGCCUUUCCACAAAAAAGUCAUCUCAUAAGGCAUAAAAGAACACAUACUGGAGAGAAACCUUAUGAAUGUAACCAGUGUGGUAAAGCCUUUGCAGAAAACAGUACUCUCUUAAGACAUAAAAGAUCACACACUGGAGAGAAACCUUAUGAAUGUAACCAGUGUGGUAAAGCCUUUGCAGAAAACAGUACUCUCUUAAGACAUAAAAGAACACACACUGGAGAGAAACCUUAUGAAUGUAACCAGUGCAGUAAAGCCUUUCCACAAAAAAGUCAUCUCAUAAGCCAUAAAAGAACACAUAUUAUAAAGAAACCU